AUGGAUUUUUGCCUGGGCAUUGUUUCGUUCGUCACAUCUUCGAUUGUUGCUGAAGCAGAAUAUCAUCAUAAAAUGAUCCAACAUUCACAACAUGCCAUCACAUCAGGAUUAUUUCAAGUUGAUUCAGUCAAGUUACAAUCUUCAGUUCAUUUGAUUGCCAGCACUGUGUCGAGCAAAAGCAUGACUCCAGAUGUUGGAUUUUCCAGUGAAUUGAUUUGGGGGGCCGGCUCAUCCAAAGGAAACACUUGA